AUGCUCCAAAGCAAAGUACACAUUCCUGCUUUGUACGCUGUCGCUAUGGCCGUUUCAACCGUGGCGCACAUGCUUGAAAGCGCCGAGACGUUUGACUACCUGGUGGUCACGGUAAGGGGGUGUAGCUGUCCCGGGGUGUUGUAA